CACACAACUCACAAAGGCAGGCACACAUGUAUACAACUGUAUAGAUACAAAUGGGGACAAGAGAGCUGGAAUCUUUCUCCAGUCUACGUCUCUUCAUAAUGGCGCAACUCCAGUCUUUUCAACUCCUCUACCCCUUCUCUUUCCACUAUUUAUAUUAUAUACACACUGCUUAUUCUCACCCCAUUUGAAUUUUCUACUCAUCUAUUACAUGCCCAUAUCACAAAACUUUGCUCCCAGGAAUUUUCCAUCAUAUGCAUAUUAGAAGAAAUGUCUCUGACAAGCAAAGUUGAGCAUAAAGUGGCUCUUGAUACGGCAGCAUGGAUGUUCAAUAUUGUUACUUCUGUUGGAAUUAUUAUUGUGAAUAAAGCUCUAAUGGCCACAUAUGGUUUUACUUUUGCUACCAGUUUAACUGGCCUACAUUUUGCCGCCACCACCAUGAUGACACUUAUUCUAAAGCGGCUUGGAUAUAUCCAAAGUUCUCAUCUCCCAGUAUCAGAUCUUAUUAAAUUUGUUUUAUUUGCAAAUUUUUCCAUUGUUGGAAUGAACGUGAGCUUAAUGUGGAAUUCAGUGGGAUUUUAUCAGAUUGCAAAGCUGAGCAUGAUCCCUGUUUCAUGUUUCCUCGAAGUUGUUCUGGACAGGGUGCAAUAUUCGAGGGACACCAAGCUAAGCAUCUUAGUUGUUCUAUUGGGUGUUGCAAUCUGUACAGUUACCGAUGUGAGUGUUAAUGCCAAGGGUUUUAUUGCUGCUUUCAUAGCUGUUUGGAGCACUUCUCUACAGCAAUAUUUUGUUCAUUAUCUUCAAAGGAAAUAUUCUAUUGGUUCUUUCGACUUAUUAGGGCACACUGCACCACCUCAAGCUGCAUCAUUACUGUUAGUUGGACCCUUUAUGGAUUACUGGUUGACAGACAAGAGGGUUGACAACUAUAACUAUACCUUCAUGUCGGUGAUGUUUGUCGUGUUGUCUUGCGUCAUCGCUAUAGGAACCAACCUAAGCCAAUUCAUCUGCAUCGGCAGAUUCACAGCAGUGUCGUUUCAAGUACUGGGGCACAUGAAGACCAUUCUCGUCUUGAUAUUAGGAUUUCUUUUCUUUGGAAAAGAGGGACUCAACCUACACGUGGUCGUGGGAAUGAUGGUUGCAAUAGUUGGAAUGAUGUGGUACGGCCACGCCUCCUCCCAACCUGGCGGCAAAGAGCGACUCCCUCCUCCGUCUAACCACAAGCCGGAAGAAGCAAUCGGGCUUGUAAAAUCCAACGAGCAUGAUGAAAAGGUCUAGCAACACUCCAUAACUUCAUAAACUUCUAGCCUAGGUCAACUGAUUCCUG